AUGGUUCUGGAGCUUUUCAAUCGCAAGGAAAGCUUGGUCUCCAAACUCCGGGAAGCCACAUGCGUGCUACAGUUGGCGCAGCUGGCCCGCAUGGCCGCCGAGGAUGCUGAGGCUGCAGGAUUGGAGUGUGAGCUGCUUGGCAAGUGGGGCUCCUUCGGUUGGUGGUUGCAGGUUUUCCUGGGAGCAGUUUGCAUGGCAUCGUUGAUUGGGAAGAGGUUCACAGAUAAAGUGAGGAGAUCUUGGAAAGUUUGGUUCUUCGACACUGCAAAGCAGGGAACGCAGGCCUUGAUGAACCACAUCAUCAACAUUGGGCUGUCCAUGGGAUUUGGAGAAUGGCUGGAAGUGGAUGCUGAUCCAUGCAAUUGGUACUGGAUCAACAUGUCCCUGGAUUGCACUUUGGGUGUGGCCACCAUGUUCCUGCUUCUUCGAACGCUGCAAUGUGUUUAUCGCAGCAAGUGUGUUGCUCGACCUGAACUUGCAAGGUGUGGUCACUAUGGUGAUCCCCCAGAUUUGAAGAUUUUCUUCCGUCAGUUGCUGGACUGGCAGGUCCGUUUUCCAAACGUGACCUUCGAACCUGUGGAAUUGCAGGUAGGGUUGGGCGAGGUGUUCAGGAGUGUCACCCCCAGCUUUCUCCGAAAAGAGGAGGAUGAAGACGAGUUUUUGACCUCUUGCUGUCCACACAUCACCUGGCGCCAGAGAGUCACAGGCUGGUUAUGUUGCUUUUGCCUUGGUUUAUUGCUCCAAGCUUCAAGUUUCGGUUCAUUGACACGUGCUUUAUUGGGCCAUCCGGGAAGAUUUGCCCUGACCUACACCUUAGGGAACAUUGUAGCGCUGGUUGGCACCUUCUUUUUGGCUGGUCCCAGAAAGCAAGUGCGAAAGAUGGCGGACAAGAAUCGGGCGCAUGCAUCUGCGAUCUUUGUGAGCGCCAUGGUGUUGACGCUGGUCGCAGUCGAGGCCUUGGUCAUUGUACAGAAGCUUUUGCUGGCCGCGCUGGUAAUUAACUUUCGAGCUGGUCUUGCAGCGUUUGCCUCCGCCCUUCUUGGGUGGCUUGACAGCUUUCCACGAGCGAAGCUGGUAGUAGUUAUAGUUCUGAUGCCAGUUGUUCUCAAUGUCUUUGCCUUGUGGACAGCCGAUAGCUUUCUUCAGGCGAACUUGAGCGAUGGUGAAGAACUGCAGGUCAGAGAGUCCCUGGUUGCAGGGGCGAUCGUGGGGCGCGAUGGACCCAUGUUGCAGGUGGAUGAAGAAAUGGACGACACCAUCUUGUCCUUUCAAGAAUGGAAGCGGAACGGAAGACUUGCCUGA